GCCUUAGACUUGAUCACCUCAUUCCACUCACGAUGGAUAAACGCUUCAAACUCAAGCUCAAAUUCCCUCGUGUUAUUCCUAUGAUUCAGUUUUGCCGUCCUAAACACAACUCCAAAACCCCGGCGGUCAUUCCAUCAAUUUACCGUAUCUCCCCGUUAAACCUGAAAGUCGGCGACGUCGGCUACCCCAACAUCCUCCUGCCUGGACCACCACCAUCAACACCGGAGCACUCUAUCGUCAAGCGCCACGUGUCCUCCGGUACCAAGGCGGUUGACUGCGGUUGCAGCAGAGCCAGGUCAUGGACACGAGACGUAUCGUACUCCAGCAUCGAAUUACCGGAAUAUGAAGUUCAUGCAACGCCGCAUUUGGCGACUGAAAAGUACUACAAUAAGAAGAAGAACAUGAUCAGCAACCAGAAGAGGAGAAAGAGAGCGAAAGCCAGUCUUCCUUCUUCGGAAGGCAGUAACCACUGGUUUAGCAGCGAAGAGGAGAAUGAAGAGACCCCAAUCUAUUCUUCGAGAAGCUUCUCGACAGACUUUUCUGCCGUGCCGGAGAGUAUAAGCAAGGUUUCAGACAAACAAAGUAGCAUAACUAAGAAGAGCAAUAAUAAGGUUAGGAGACUGAAACGGGGAGUUUCAAAAAACUGGAGAGAAGGAGAUAAAUCGAGUGGCGAGAUUGGGAAGAUCAAGUCAGUUUUCCAGCCUAUGAGAGCGUGCAGGAGGCAGGGGAUGGUGAAGGAGAGCAUGGCAGUGGUGAAGAAGUCGGAGGAUCCAUACGAGGACUUCAAGAAAUCGAUGAUGGAGAUGAUAAUGGAGAAGCAGAUUUUUGAGGCCAGAGAACUAGAGGAGCUGCUGCAUUGCUUCUUGACCUUGAACUCGCGCCAGUAUCAAGGAGUUAUAGUUGAGGCCUUCUCUGAGAUAUGGAAGCUCGUGUUUUCAGACACACCCUCAACGUCAUGUGAAUCUACUGUUUCGCGGAUAAGUCCCAAAUAGACCAAAUGUCGCAGGUGAAGAUCUAGGGAAGUACUGUUCUUACUAUACCUUGUGUUAAACUUGAGUUUCAAUAUUUUGAUCACUAACA